GUGCCACAAUAAAAUCAAUAAAAGAUGUCUCUGUUGAUAUUGUAAAGGGGUUUUACACGAAGUGGUAUGUCCCAAGCAAUAUGGCUGUUAUCGUUGUGGGAGAUAUAACUGAAACGCAGAAUAUAAUUGAUUUGAUCAAAACAUACUUUGAAAGGCAACCAAGAGGUAUGCCACAGCAUUUGGAAUUCCCUCUUCCAAAGCACACUGAACCUAGAUUGAUCGCACAUGUCGAUAGUGCACUUGUGAAGUGGAGAAUGUCUGUGGUAUACGUCACCUUUAUGUUUGAGAAAGAAGGAUGGAAAUGUGUGAAUGAUGUGUUCAUAAACAUUCAAAGAAUGCUUCUUCAGAAAGUUAUUCUUGGAAGGUUGAAGAAAAGAUUUUCGAGCAUGAGCAAACCAAAACAACUUCAGUACUCUAGGGACGAUUCACACAUGUAUACCAUAUAUGUGGUUAGUGUAGAGUGUGAAGGAUAUGAAACAAAUAAGGUGUUGGAGACGUUCCUUGUUGAGAUUGCGCGAAUGAGAGUCCAUGGGAUCAAAGAAAAUGAAUUAAGUGAAGGAAAAGACUUUUGCCUGUGCAUCCCUAAAGGCAGAUACCUGAAUCAUCAUGACCGUUCUUCAGAGCAACUACGAAGGACCUACACCAGUCACUUCGUUUAUAAUGAAGCUGACUUUUCUCCUAAGCUGGAGGCACAACUUAUGAUAGCUCUUACAAAGAGAAUCAAUAUGGAGCUGAUCAAGAACUUCUGUGAGAUGCAGUUUGCAGCAUCUAACUUAUCAGUUAUCAUAUUUCAAAGUAAGACUUUUGUGACACAAGAGGAAAUGAAGAGGUCAUUGCAGAAGAUUACUGAUUUUGAAAAAGAGGGAUCCUUUCCUAGUUGGUCAGAUGAAGAAAUGGAGGGUUUAACCAAUCUGAUACAAGAGAUGGAGAUUGAAUCUGGGAAAAUUGUUGAGCGACUGGAACAUUUUGAUAUUGGAGCUGUGGAGCUUAUCUUAUCUAAUGGCAUGCAAGUCACUUACCAGUGUACAAAGAAUGAUGAUAAGGUCGUUUUAAGAGGAUUCUCAUAUGGUGGUCUCUCAGAAGUGACUGAAACAGAUAUCCUCAGUUGCUCGUAUUCAAGUGUAAUUGGACAAAUUAUCUGGCUUUAUAGCUCCAAGAAUCUUCCUAUGAUACGUGAUAAAGUCAAUUUCGCUAUUGAGGUGGACGAGUAUAAAAGAGCUUUCUGUGUGAACUUUGACUCAUCAGAUAUCGAACUUGCACUUCAGAUUCUAUAUUUACUAUUCACAAGUGACUUAGAACCUGAAGAAGAAGAAUUCCAAGCUCUAAUUGAGGACCUAAAGAUUCGCCUGUCUCCUGCACAUCAACAACCGGCUGAUGUCCUAAUAGAUACCGUUAAGGAGAUCAACAGCGGUAAAUCUUGCUAUUACAAGGCACCUGUAGCUGAGGAUAUGUCAAAUAUUGAUGCAACAAAGGCAUGGCAAUACUUUCAAAAUUGCUUUAGAGAUCCCUCGAGCUUCCGAGUGAUUCUUGUUGGGAACUUGGACACUGCUUCUGUCAAUUCACUUUUGUCGCGUUACUUGGGUGGAAUACCAAGGCCUCAUCGACCUAUCAUGAAAUUUCAACGUGGGAAGCUCACCACAGCACCUUUCCAUUUUCCUCCAACUGUGAUCAAGGAAGAAGUGUCUCUUGCUGUGGGCAGUGGUAAUGGAAUGUAUACUUGUAUAAGUUUCCCACUCCGUUUCAACAAUCAGACAUUGGAAGAAGAUCUUCUUCUGUUGAUAAUUUUGAGGAAUCUCUUGAAAGUCAAAGUCACCCAAGUACUUCGUCACGAAAAAGGGAUUGCGUACAAUGUUGACGUGGAUACAUUCAAUCCUAAUGGUGACUGGUCUUGUAGUGGGAGUAAACCUGGAACAAUUAACUUUAAUCUCCUAAUCAAGGACAAUGACGCAGCCCAGAUGGCUGUAGAUGCAGUAGUGCAUGAGAUAGAACAACUAAAAGAAGUUGGUCCUUCACAGAAUCUUGUUCAGCAUGUAUUGGACCGGAGACCAUCAUUGGAGGAGGAGGAGAGAAACACGUCUUUGAUGAACCAAAUGUUGCAAGCUUAUGGGUCGAACUUGUAUGCUGGGAAUAUUGAUCAGAGUUACAAGAUUCUCAGGGACAUGAAUAGAAGAGCCUGGGAUCUUUUCAAUGCGGACGUUGCCAAGUCCACUUUGAAAAGGAUGCUACCAUAUCCUUGCCAAGAACAACACACUAUUGUGAACCUCAGGUGUUGAUAUUCUCAAGGAGUUUGUCCCCU